AUGACUACAUCACCAACUCCAGCACAAGAAGAACGUAAACAAACUCCAUCAACUGCUCCUGCUCCUGCUCCUGCUGCCAACGGAGAACAAGCGUUGAGUGACGAAAGAGUUUCAAACAUUGGGUGGUAUUUCAUCAAGUCGUAUUACGAUUUCUACAUUGCCAAAUUGGACGUCAUUCACAAGAUUUACCAUGACAAUGCUUCAAUUUUGCACGAUGCAUUUCCUAAAGACGACAAGAAAAACGGCGGGGAGGGCGAGUUGACCGCUAGCUAUAAAGCUAAAGGCACUGACGCUAUCAAGAAGUGUUUUGCUGAACAUUUGUCGGGAGGUGGUAAUGACAAUAACAGAAUUGUCAUUACUAGUGCCACUUUCCAAGUUUCGUUGGAGAAGAAUAUCAUUAUUGUCACUUUUGGCGAAUGGUCUAAGAAUGACUCACCAUUUAAGCAAUUUACUCAAACAUUUGUCUUGACUCCUGGUAAAAGAGAGAGCACUUAUGAUUUGGCUAAUGAUAUUUUGAAGUUUGUUGAAAAUAACGGAUAUAAGCAACAAGCGAAGAAGGAGGAGCAAGAGGAUGGUGAGAGGGACGGUGUCGAUGCAGGAGUGAAAUCUGCUGUUGAAGAGCCAACCCCAGAAUCAAUUGAGAAGAAAGUUGUUGACAAGAAGGAGGAAAAAGAGCAACAAGCACCAGUAGAGGUGAAGAAUGAAGAAGUAAGUGGACCAGAGAAGGAGGAAACAGUUGUCGAGAAAGCGGAGCCAAAAAAGGUAGAGACCCCAGAACCACCAGCAAAGGAAGACGAAAAUGAACAGCAACAACAACCACAAGAGCAACAACCACAACAAGAAUCACCAAAGAAAGAGAAGAAACCAGAAGAAACCGCCAAACCCAAGAGCCCACCUCAACCGAUGACAUGGGCCGACUUGGCCUACCAAGCUGUCCCUGCAUCAAAACCUGCAUCGAAACCAACAACAUCAACCAGUACAGCCACAUCCACCCCAACUUCCACCAAGAAGACCCCAGUAGCUACACCACCCCAACAAUCAUCAUCUGGAGCAAGUGGAGCGGGCAGUGGCAAAUUCAAAAAGGAUGAAUGGUAUCCAAUCUAUAUUCGCGGUAUCCGUUCAAUUGAUGAAAAAGUCUUGAGAGAUCACAUCACCAAGAAAUUUGGUGAAUUGAAAUUUUUCCGCACCAGUCAAAACAUUGCCUUGUGUGAUUUCGUCUUGAAAGAAGCCCAGAGAAAAGCAUUGGAUGCAAAGGAGACUACUUUAGAUGGAGUAGUUAUCAAUUUGGAACCUAGAGAACUGAAGACUGGAAAUAAUUUCCAUAAUAAUGGUGGCCACAAGAAGAAGUUUGGUGAUAAGGAAGGUGGCAAAGAUAAGGUCAAAGGUGUCAGCGGUAAUGCCAAUGCGGCCGUUGGUGGUAGUGGCAAGUUUACUGAUGGAAGGAAGAUUAGUGGAACUGGUGGCAAUACAAAACAAAAAGCGGGCAAAUUGACAAAAUAA